AUGGAGCCCCCGGAUGUAUUGUCAGUUAAGACUGAGGUUAAACCAGUUGUGGAACAGAAAUCAAACUCUUCUGACACAGGAAAUGGAGCUCAGGCUAGUGCUAUGAAUCAUCAUAGGUUUCCUAGAAUUCCCCCAUUCAGUGGAGACAGGACUGGGAAGGAAACACCUUAUGACGUCUGGAGGUAUCGUGUUGAUGGGCUUUUGGAAUCUUCAUCUUAUACACAGGAUAUUAAGGAACAGGCAAUCAAGGAUUCCUUGAAGGGAGAGGCUGCUACGAUCGCCGUCAACAUGAGGCCUGGGACCAGUAUUUCAUCCCUGCUAAGGAAGCUCAGUAUUGUUUUUGGAGUAGUCGAGGGGAGGGAAUUAAGGAUGGCACAGUUUUAUAGCGCUAGACAGAAGGAAGAGGAGGAUGUGUCACAGUGGGCUUGUCGUUUGGAGGAACUUCUUUCCCGUGCCCUAAAGGAUAAGCCGACCAGCAAUGAGGAUUCUGAUGAGAUGCUUAGGAGUAUGCUUUGGACAGGACUCAAGUCAGACCUCAAGAACAUCUCAGGACACAAGUUUGAUACCAUCAAUAACUUUGAUGACCUGUUAGAAGCUCUCCGGGAGAUAGAGAUCAGUUGA